AUGAAUGACAGGGAAAUCAUUGACUUGCUCGUUAAACUGCACGGAUCAAGACAUGCUGCUGAUGCAUUACGGUACGCUCUCAAGUGGAACGAGCCUGAGCUUGUGAACCGUCUGCUUGAGAGGUCUGACAUGGAUGCCUCUGUGCCUGAUUCUGAUGGUCAAACUCCUCUCUUCUGGGCGAUCCAGUACAAACGAGUGGAUAUUGUUACGUUACUGCUCAAGCGUCAAGAAGUUGAUCCUGGUACACCUGAUAGGGACGGUCUCACUCCCUUACAGGUGGCCGUUGGUGUGAGAAGUUUACCACUUGUUGGACUGCUCCUCCAAUGCGAAGAAACCAAUGCUCGCAGGACUGACGCAGGAAAAUCUAGUGCCCUCCACAUUGCUGCCGCGCGUGGGGAACUACAGAUCGUGAAUCUCCUCUUAGAGCAAAACGGUCUUGAAGUAGCAUCCCCUGAUUCAACGGGGAACACUCCUCUACAGUGGGCUGUCAGAAGUCGUGAUAAAAAGUACCAUCCAAGUUUGGUUACGAUAUACGAUGAUGAUGAAAAUAACGACGAUGAUGAAGACGAAGAUGAUGAUAGUGAUACUUUUGACGAACCACCUGGGUAUAGAGAAGAAAGCCUCGACAUCAUCAAACGAUUACUAGCCAGACAAGAGGUCAACGCGGGAGGGCACGAUCAAGAUGGACUCACCCCUUUACACCACGCUUGCUUGAUAGCAGAUUACGAAGUUGUGGCGCUCUUACUUCAACGUCAAGAUGUUGACCCCAAAGCUCGAGGUAUAACUGGGCAGACACCUCUCCAUCUGGCAGCAUCGAAUCAUCAGCUAAGUGCAAAGAGGAUAAUGAAUUUGCUUCUCGAACAACCGGGUGUUGAGAUAACCGAGGUCGAUCACGAUGGCCGGACUGUCCUGCACUACCUCUGUGGCGGGUAUGAAAAAGAGUUCCCAGUCCUCGAUCUGAUCGAGACCGUGCUUCAAGCAGGCGUCCCGCUUGACCAGGAAUCUGCGACUGGGUUGACGGCCUUCCAUCAGGCCAUCUGUAGCGGACAUUGGAGUGUCGCUCUGUUUCUGCUCGACCAUGGUGCAGAUCCCAUGGUUUCGAAGCGUUUCAAGUACAACAACAGUUUGCUGCACAUCAUCUUGAAACAUGCUAACCGCGACGACGUAAAGAGCGAACUAAUCGAGAGGCUCAUCGAGAGAGGCAUUGAAGUCGAUACUUACACUGAUUCGCCUGUUUUCGAUCCCCGGUUCAAUGAGGACGACAAAAUCGAAAAAGUCAUAGAUAUACGAUCCCCAGAUAUUCUUGUCGGCACAUAUUGUACUCCGCUCUUGUUGGCAGCAAUGCGCGAGUACAGCCUCAAUAACAUGAAGAUACUCCUUGAUGCGGGAGCAGACCCGAGUGCGCUCGUCAUCAUCAGAGAUGUAGAAUUCGAGGGCAAGACGAAUGGUAAUCGUCAAGCGUUUCUGUCAGGAGUGUUCCGGCAUAUCUGGGAGCCUUUUAGCCCAGGCGACAGCGAAAUUUUAGAACAUGCAGAGCCCAUCGAAUUGUUGCUAGACUUUGGGUCACGGCUAGACUUUGAUGGUCCAGCGGAUAGUCCACUUCAGGAGGCCUGUAAAGCAGCAGAAAAAGGACAUUUUGCUUUGUUGAAGAUUUUGCGGGAAAGCUCAAAGGCAAGGAAUGUCAGCGAAAGCCAUGUUGAUAAGUUUAUCUCUGCUUAUAAAGACAAGCCGGAGUACAGUCAAAUUUGCCAGAUGCUGGAAUCUUUUAAGCAAAAGGUAUUAUUCAUCGAUUAAUGUUGGGGUUCGGCUUGUUGAAGCUGUUGGUGUUAGUUAGGGGCAUUUAGGUACCGGCACUUUAUCGAUGUCAUGUAAUAUAUAUAUUAGUAUAACAAGCAACAGGAAUAUCAUAUCUGAGUAGAAAUCUUCUGGUAAGACAACUGUGCUUCACGUAAAAUUUACAGAGAGUGUGUAACUUUUCUCUGUCGGAGGACUCUCAUG